AUGUCGUUCGCUCCAGACGGCCGCCUCCUCUCGCCUGGCGAGGUCUAUGAAGCCCCCAGCCUCACCAAAGAGGAAGAGGAGUGGCGCGAGGACCUCAACGUGACUAUGAUGUGCCCGGAUUGCCGCGAGAUGCCUCCAAACCUCGUCGAAGAGUUCAGCUCCGGCGACACGGUCUGUGGCAGCUGUGGUCGAGUCCUGGGAGAGCGCGCCAUAGACACCAGGAGUGAAUGGAGACAUGAGAACAUCGUUGACAACAGUACAGAUGGUUCCCAACUCUCGACCGAGAUCGGUUUCGGAGACGGAGGACUUCGUGUACGAGAGCUGUCGCGAGCGCAUAACAAGUCCAACCACGACAAGGCGAACAAGAGCUUGCAAGCUGCAUACAGCCAGAUUGCGACGCUGUGCGACUCGCAGAAUAUCUCGAAACCCACCGCAGAGACGGCAAAACUACUGUUCCGAGUCACGGACGACGCGAAGCUCUUCAAAGGCAAAUCGCAGGAUGCCAUUAUCGCUGGCUGUAUCUUCAUUGCCUGCCGCAACCACGGCCAACAACGAAGCUUCAGAGAGAUUUUCAAGAUGACCAACGUCAGCAAGAAAGAGGUUGGCAGGACUUUCAAGGCUCUCGAGGCAUUCUUGCAGAAGAACCAGAAAGUUGGCACUGCAUCGAGUAAUCUUCUGCACGAUACGACCAACUUCCAGACCGGUGUCACAACAAGUGCCGAGAACCUCAUGCCCCGUGCCUGCAACAAGUUGGGCCUCGAGACUUACAUACAGCUGGUCGCGGAGGAAUGCGCCCGAACGGUCACAGAACAUGGCAUCGCUGCAGGCCGAUCUCCUCUUUCCAUUGCUGGGGCUGUGCUCUAUCUUGUCUCGCAUCUGAUGGGAACGCCAAAGACGCCCAAGGAAAUCGGGCUGGCAGUCGAAGUCAGUGAUGGUACCAUCCGAACCGCGUACAAAUUGAUGCAUGCUCAAGCAAACAAGAUUAUCAAGGAGGACUGGAUUCGACGUGGAGGCGACCGUUCCAAGCUGCCCGCGGCAUAG